AAAUAUUGAAUUUAGAUGAAAUAUUGGUAAAUUUAAAUAACGAAUAACAGGCCCCAAAAUUAAAUGAAAAUAUACUGAUUAAUGGUGGAAUUCGAUUUAUCAUAUCGGAUGAAAUGAAGAAAUACAUGAAACACCGAGACACCGAUAUGUCGACUAGUUAUUCAAAAUGUGUUGUACCACACUGUGGGCAUGUUAAACGUAAACAAGGAAACUGUAUAUAUGCAAAGUUUCCACCAGAUGUCGAGCGGUGCCGGUUAUGGCUUAGGAUAGCGGGUGUUGAGGACUUGGUUUACCUUCCAGAGGACAAAUUGAAUAACAUUAGACACAUUUGUGGUUGUCAUUUCACGAAUGAUCAAUUUAUAAAUUCAUCUCGUAAACGAUUGAAGCGUACAGCGAUUCCAACUUUGGUCGACUCUAGAGUAGUACCAUUAUCCGAUGCUCUAUUACAACAAUAUCCGUUGCAGCAUGACAGCAGCAAAAAUGAUGCCUCCAUCGACGGUAUUGGCGCUGUUGCAAAUCAGCAAAAAACACAAGUCAAUAUUGAUACCAUUGCUACAGAUACAACUACAGACGAAACAAGAGUUAAUACUGAAGCGAUACCUCUAUGCAAAGAAAAUUCAUUGGAGGAUAGAGGCAAGGACAACGAACACUCAUACUCAAAGCAAUGUGCACCACCAGAUACAUCACACGUUGAAACUGAUCUGAUGGAAAACAAUGCUUCGUUUUUGCUCGAAACUGACUGCAGUCCGAUGGAUGAGCCUCCUGCUGUAAAAGACGUGUUCUUGGUUCGAUACAACAAAUCUUCUACCACACGGGAAAUAAAUAUGGACGGUGUUAUUGUUGAAAAGGCACGAGUAAUUAUCGCUCAGGAAAAUACAUCAAGUAUGGAGAUACGCCCAGCUACCGAUUCAAAAACACAAGGUCGAGAAUUAUCGGCUAACGGAGAGUCAAAGAAAUUCUCGGUGACUGAACUACCGAAACCUUGGGGCUUCACUGAAAUGAAUGUGGCGAAUGGGCCUCGCCUGUUGUUCACAUAUACCGUGAUCAGAGUAAAAAACGGUAUUAAUUCGCCGGUUACUCAAAAAAGCGUAACCCUCGAUAACGAAGGAAACCUCCGUUAUUUUGUGUAUGGCAAUGCGAUCGACAGGAGCAAAAAUAACCUUCCGCUGAUUUGCAAAAACACUACGUUAAUACCUCAGGUUUUGGAGAGGUUUUUGCAAGAGUGUAUUUGCGUUGGGAUAGGAGCCAUCGAUUCUCGUUGCGUUCCGUAUGAGAAAAUGUACAAAGAUUACGUCGAUACGUGGCGCUCAAACGACUGUCCACUUUUGUCGAUAAAAAAACGAUGUGAUUCUUGUGAUAGACUUAGAAAUACUGCAUUGCGAGAAGAAAAGGUCUUUAAAGGGUUGGAAAUGGCAAGAAGUGGAAAUAAAAGAUAACAAAACUCUGGUAGAGUUAUUGACGAAGCUUUUAAAAAAUACAAAAGCUGAAGUUUCUGUGACGCGACAUAAAGAACAGAGAAAAACAGAGAACAUUUAACGACCGAAGGUUUUGGUAUGAGUAUUCAGAGAACACAUACCAAAACGCAUAGAAAAAUGGUUUCCGAAGCGAUCAAUGCCUCUGGAAAGAAGACGCUACAGUUCGCAAGAAAAAAUACAAUACUUCUGAGGAUCAACAAAAACGAGCCUUCUGUUUUCAUGACUAUAACCAAUUGAGGAUUUACACCAAAAUUUUGUGAUAUUCAGGUAUGCCAGUAGUUUAUCGAUAUUUUAUUAUUUAUUAUAUGAAACCUCCAAACAAAAAAUUUCUUCAUUUCAUUCUGAAACGAACCAUUCUUAGAUAUAUGAGAGAACGACAUUUGGAUGAUUCGAAAUGUACCAAGAAGAAACGCUAAAAAUCUGAUGAAUUUCAAAGAACAGAAUUCGUAACGCAGUUGAAAGCACACGAUAAAUUUUAAUCCUUACAAAAUAAGGUUCAUUGAUGACGAGAAAAAAUCCCAUUGGGCAUGUUUAAAUUUUUUCAUUUCUCAAAAUAAACAUGGUUAUAACGAUUCGAUUUUUUCUUGAUAUUUUUAUAAUGUGUUAAAAAUCCAAUUAUAUAUAGGCAAAGUGAUAUGUUUGUACAGUUUUAAUGGAAAAAAAACUUUUUGACAAUAGAA